AUCGCCAUACUGGGCGAACGUGACCGAAGACAGAACGAAAAUGAGUACUCAAGUGUGUGUCACGUCGCAGUUAUUUCGUUCAUAACAGAGGUUUUAUUUUGACAGUGAGAUUCGUGAGCAACUGGCGCGAUGUACAGCGGACCGUUGAAGAACUGAGGGAAACUGAAAAGCAUAAAUCCGCUGAGGGAACAGCGUAAGAUCAGAAAUAUCGGAGCUCGACUUCUUAGACGACUGGCUGUUCCUGCAUGUGUCACAACGAGUGCCACUUCUGUGCGUGCGCGCCUAUUUCCUCUGACUCUUAUUUUUCUUAAUAUUUUUAUCGUUAAUACCUACCAACGGUUACAAAGACGGUGACGGCGACGACGACGAGACAGUUAAAGACGACGACGACGACGAAGACGAAGACGAAGACGAAGACAAGACUAAGGACGAAAACGACGGAGACGGCAAAGCCGACGGCGGCGAGGACGACGGAAACGACGACAACAACGACGACUACGACGACGACAACGACGGCGACGACGACGACGGAUACGACGAAGCCGACGGCGACGACGACGACGACGACGACGACGACGACGACGACGACGAAGACGACGAAGACGACGACGACCUCGACUAGGCCUACAAAUCUUUAAGACUGAAGAUUCCUCAAACUACCAAUGAGUUUGGCCGUGUUGCGCUGUGUUCGGUCCUACUCCUUUUACUAAUUGCGUGUGUGAUGCCCGGGAGUCGCUCCAGCACGGACCCAGAUCAUAAGUCACCGCGAGAAAGUGGUGAGGACUCCGAGGAUGAAAGCGAGAUCCUGGAAGAGAGCCCCUGUGGGCGGUGGCUCAAACGCCGGGAGGAGGAUGCCGCAUGCUACACGUCUUUCUUGUUACUUUUUUCAUUUGCCCGAGUCAUUGUGCAUUUACAAGGAAAGAAUAAUGCUGUGGUUUUGAUAAAUCCUAACGAGGUAAAGGAAUAGGCAAACACAUGAUGCAAUAUGAUGUCUCUCUGUGCUACUGUUUUGUUAACAGUAGGGUAUUCAUGGUAUAUGUAGGUUCUAAACCAACAUCAGCCGAAGGAACUAGCUUUGGUACAACCAGAGGUAGUGAAAACGAAACAACUGAAAUGGAGGUAGAGCAACAAGAUGUUCCAGGAAUUGACUGUGCUUAUUUAGCAAUGGAUACAGAGGAAGGUGUAGAAGUUGUAUGGAAUGAGGUACAAUUUUCAGAAAGGAAAAACUUUAAAGCACAAGAAGAAAAGAUACAACUUGUUUUUGAGAAUCUCACACAAUUGGAGCAUCCUAAUAUUGUCAAAUUUCAUAGGUACUGGACGGAUACCCACAAUGACAAACCACGAGUUAUAUUUAUAACAGAAUAUAUGUCAUCCGGAUCCUUGAAACAGUUCCUAAAACGAACCAAACGUAAUGUAAAAAAAUUGCCUCUCCAAGCAUGGAAACGGUGGUGUACGCAAAUACUUUCUGCAUUAAGUUAUCUGCAUUCCUGUUCUCCUCCUAUUAUUCAUGGGAAUCUUACAUGCGAUACUAUAUUUAUUCAACAUAAUGGACUUGUAAAAAUUGGCUCAGUGGCACCUGAUGCAAUUCAUCAUCAUGUCAAGACUUGUAGAGCUAAUAUGAAGAAUAUGCAUUUUGUUGCUCCUGAAUAUGGAAAUUCUGUGACACCCGCUAUUGAUAUUUACUCUUUCGGAAUGUGCGCAUUAGAAAUGGCGGCACUUGAAAUUCAAGGGAAUGGCGAUAGCGGAACAAUUGUUACUGACGAAAACAUCAGGAAAACAAUCGAAUCUUUAGAUGAUAGUCAACAGAAAGAUUUUAUACGCAAGUGUCUCGAAGUGGAUCCUCUGUGUAGGCCAAGUGCUAGAGAACUACUAUUCCAUCCGGUUUUGUUUGAAGUACAUUCUCUAAAGCUUCUUGCGGCACAUGCCUUGGUCAACUCGGCCACAAACAUUUCCGAAACGAUAACGGAUGAAGUUUUGCAAAGGCUGUAUGGUCCAGAUACGGUAGUCGCAGAAAUAAAAUACCAAGGUCGAUCGGUACAACAAAUUCGCUUAAGUGACAUACCUGUUACAGAAAAGUUAGAAAAAUUUGUUGAAGAUGUAAAAUACGGAAUAUAUCCCUUAACCGCAUUUAUGGCAAAAUUGCCUCCACCUGCUCGACCUAGAGCUAUAUCUCCAGAGGUAACAGAAUCUGUUAAAUCUGUAACACCGGAACCAGUAGAUGUGGAAUCACGAAGGGUAGUUAAUAUGAUGUGUAAUGUUAAACCUAGAGAAGAAAGUUGUGAAUUACUUAUGACAAUAUUGUUACGAAUGGAUGAUAAAAUGAAUAGGCAGCUGACGUGCCCUGUGACUCAAUCAGAUACUUCAUUGAUCCUUGCACAGGAACUUGUACACUUUGGAUUUAUUAACGAAAAUGAUCGCGAUAAAAUAGCCAAUUUAAUUGAAGAAGCAUUGAGAAGUUGUUUCAAUAAGCAAAUGAUGAUGCCAGGGAUGGUGUCGUUAACCAAUCUUCCUACACAGACUACUUUGUUGCUGCCUGGUCCAGAAUUUUCCUGUUUACAGCACUUUGAUAACUCUGUGUGCAAUGCUGCGACAUCCAACAGUGAUAAUGCAAUUAAUUUGCUGCCAAAAAUCUCAGGUCUCUCUGUGUCAAGUAAUAAAACGAAUAAAAGUCACGAUGAAGUAGAACCACCAACGAUUACCGAAAGUGGUAGUUAACCAUCCAGGACGUCUGGUAAAUCAGUUCACUGUGCCACUUUGCACGCUCUAUGUAUAGACUGGCUAUGUAUUUUUAUAUUUAAGUAAAGAGAAGAAGAGAUUGAAAGUAUAGGAGAAGAGGCGCCGUGGCUACAUCACUAAGCUAAUCGCAAUUCUAGUAUGAACGAAUAGUACGCUUGUGCAAAGCAUUUCAUGACAGUCAAGUACUAACAAUCCAAACUUUUAACAUUUUUAAAAGUUUUAAGCCUUGUUUUUAAUCAUCGGAAAUAAGGUCACUGCAAGCAUAUUUUGCUUUUAAAGGGAUGUUUUUUUAUCGAGGAAAUCACGAAAAUACGUUUUUUGAAACAUGCCUUUCUCGUAUUCGUUGCAAUAGAAGCUCGAUCUAAGUGUUACUACUUUAUGCACAACCAUGGGAAUGCUUAAUAAAGUAGCAACGAUCUUCGUUACGAACGAUAUGGACAGAUAUACAGUUGGGAUUAUUAUAUUAUUUUUAUUUGAAAAUUUUAAAUUAACGAGUGUAAAAUGAAAUUUUGUGAUAUAAAUAUAAAGGAAAUGGCCAUUACAUUAUAAAUGUACACGAAUAAUGCUUUAUUGUAUCAUACAUGUACGAAUAAGCGUUGUGCCAUCAAAUAUCUUGUAUAGUAAGACAAAACAGCUCAUUAUGAAUCAGCACUAUUUACUUAUAUGCGUUUAUAUUAAAAAUUUUUUAACUGUUCAAGAAUGAAUAAUGCUCAAUAUGGUGCUAAUAAAAAGCUAAUAGCAUUUAACAUAAAAAAAAAAAAAAUUACUUUAUCUACACAUUCCGGAUCGAUAAAUAGUAUCGCGCCAAUGAUUUGUAUCACGAUAUAAUAAUUGCUCUUUUAAAUGAUGCAACACACAACGUUUUUGUAAUUUUUGCAAUUUUCCAAUAUCGAAUUUAAUUUUUUAUGAAGAUUUAGUGAAGACGAGAUGAUAUGAUAUGAUAUGAUAUAUGAUAUGAUAUGAUAUGAUAUGAUAUGAUAUGAUGCGGUAUGAUGUGGUAUGGUAUGGUAUGGUAUGAUGUGGCGUGUGACGUUUAGCGUGCGCGCGUGCGUGUUCCUUUUUAUUGUAUUCAAUUUUGUCGAGUGGGUAUGCCUAAUUUGAUUUUCAUAAGAAACAAAAGGAUGCCACGGCCCUGUUAUACUUGGGUAUUAUUGAUGUGAUUAAAUCAUCGUUAUUAAAUCUCGAUAAAAUUAGCUGAAAUCCUUGUAAAUAAUUUAUAUUUUUAAGAAAAUCUGUUGAAACAGAAAACUAGUCAUAUAGGUAUAUUUGAGUGCUAACAAACUAACACCGACCUUGUUAUGUCUUUUGCAUUUGUAACACAAAUAUGUGCUUGGCAAAAACAUAUUGCUGCAAUUUCAUACCUCAUUAAAAUCGAUUUCAGUGACACAUCUCACUUUGCAAAUGACUAACCAUUAGUGGUAAUCUUACCAACAACAUAAAUUUUGACUUUAAAUAUGUAAGUAGAUUAUCGAAAUUAAAAUCAAUGUAUAGCUUUGUAAUUCGAAUUAUAAAAAAUGAAAAAAGUACGAUGACUGAAGCGUGGAUAUUAUGACCGGACUGUACGAUGACAAUGGUGAAAUAAAUACUGUAAUUCCGAA